AAAGGGAAAAACAGAGGGAGGGAUUUGUCCAGUCCAACUAUUGAGAAAUACCGGGGUGAAGGACCUAUAAAGCCUCUGUUACUUCUGAGCCCUCGUCAGAACAGGAAAAGUAAAAGGAGCAACACAAUGAAGUCCAUCACUGUUUUGAUACUGCUCUUGAUCGGCAUUGUGGGAGGUUUAGCGGAAAACAGAUUCUUUGUCUUUGCCCCAAAUGUCUUUCAUCUUGGAGUUAAAGAGAAAGUGUUUGUCCAGAUGGAAGGGGCUUAUCUUGAAAUACCUGUCAAACUGUAUUUGGAGACAGAAAAAGGGCUCCUUAUGUCUGAAAAGGUUGAUGCUGUUCAUGAUGAAGGAAAGAAAACUACAACAGUUGAGCUCAUGAUAAGGAGGGAUGAUUGGAUCAAAUUUCUGGAAGAGCGUUCAAACCAACAUAAUCCUCCAUACCUCAACCUGAUAGCGGAGGACUCAUACGUAGAUCCCAAAACCAAUCCCAAUCAUAGAAAGAUGACAAGAGUUCUAGUUUUACAUCGUAGGGGAUAUAUCUUCAUUCAGACCGAUCAGCCAAUAUACAAUCCAACACAAAGAGUGCAAUACAGAAUAUUCACUCUUGACCACAUGUUACGGCCAAAUGAGGAACCCAUCUUUAUAUCAGUAAUUAAUGCAGCUGGAAGCACAGUUAUGAAAUCCUCUAGGGUUGCCCCAGGAGGGAUCUACAGAGCCCAAUUUUCCGUGCCCAGCGUUUCCAAAAUGGGAAUAUGGAAGAUUAAAGCCCACUAUGGAGAUGAUCAACAACAUGCAGCAGUCCGAGAGUUCAAAGUCCAAAAAUUUGUUUUACCAAGUUUCGAUGUGAAUAUCGCAACGGAGCAGCGCUACAUUUUGCUGAAUGAUGCAACUCUUGACUUUACCAUCUCAGCAAUGUACACAUAUGGGGAGAAAGUUAAAGGUGCCUACCACUGUCAGUUUGGAGUUGUUACAAAAAGUACAAACAGGCCUGACCUUAUCAGGGGAUUGGAACUGAUGGGUUCGGUCCAGGAUGGAGCUGCAAAAGUUACUAUUGGGUUAGAACAGAUUAACUCCCAACUCAAAGCAAAGCAGAACCAAACUCUCUCUGAUUUAUGGAAAAAAGGAUCCCAGAUCUAUUUUGGAGUUUUUGUCACCAACAUUCAAAGUGGUGAGAUACAAGAAGCAGAGGUUCACCUUCCUAUCCUCUCCCAAAGAUACACAAUAGAUCUCUCACGAACUCGCUCUCAUUUCAUUCCUGGAUUUCCACUUGAUGUGGUGGCAGUCAUCAGUCACCCAGACGGCUCCCCAGCAGCAGGUAUGAACGUGAAUAUAAAAGCCUUGGAGGAAUCUCGGGAAUACCUUACUAAUCAGGAAGGGAUGGUGUUCACUACCUUUAAUAUUCAACAGAAAGAUUCACUUACAGUUGAAGCUGAAGUGUCUGUAGGUGACCAGCAGGAGAGGAAAACUAUAAAACGCGCCGUGUCUCCAACUAACAGUUUCCUUUAUAUGGCCACGUCCUACAAAUUGUACUCUGUGAAGGAUGUCCUUAAAAUAACAUUCAGCACCGUCAAUGCCCCAAGCACAGGUCAUAUAUACUACAUGGUAAUAAGUCGUGGGAUCAUAGUAAAUAACGGUGCUCUGAAAAUUGGUGUAUUAGGAGAAAUUAGCCUUCAGAUAACAGCCGAGUUGCUUCCAUCUUUCCGUGUGGUUGGCUAUUAUUACAACGCCAAUGGUGACAUCAUAGCUGACUCAAUUUGGGUGGACGUCAGAGAUGAAUGCGAGAUAACUGUCAAGGUAAAACAAGAAGGGUCAUCUGAGCCUGGGAAAAUACCAGCUCUACACUUUGAUCUCCAUGGUCAGAGAGCCAAAGUGGCUCUGCUGGCUGUGGAUAAGGCCUUCUAUGCUCUCAAUUAUGCCAAUAAACUCACAGCUAAACAGGUGUUUUCUACCAUGACUUCAUAUGACCUUGGCUGUUCCUCUGGUGGAGGAAAUGACUCACUAUCAGCUGUAGUGGAUGCUGGCCUGUCUUUUGUGUCUAAGUCCAAGUCAAAGUCGAGACAAGAUUUCAAAUGUAAUUCUGAAUCUGCACGUCCAAGACGUUCUGCGGAUGCUCAGCAGAAGUUGAAGGACUUAAUUUCAGAAUCGAAUUUUGACGCAGAGGCCCAGGAAUGUUGCUCACAAGGUUUUUCUGUCAUCCCUAUGAAACGAACAUGCGAGGAAAGAAGGAGGAGGGUCCUUCUUGUGAAAGGGAAUGAAACUUGUGCUGAUGCUUUUCUAAUAUGCUGCAAAGAAGCAGAGAAGCUAAUAAAAGAAAAGAUGCUAGAAAAUGCCCAGAGUGGAUUUGGCAGAACUGCGACCACAGCUGACAUUGAAGAGUUCUUCUUAAACGCUGCUUCUCAGUAUAUAAGGCGAUUUUUUCCCCCAAGCUUUGCGUUCACAGAAUUUGAUGUGAAUGGUAAAAAAAGGCAUUCUUUGGCCCUGCCUGACUCCAUCACCACAUGGGAGGUUCAGGUUGUCACUUUAUCUGCAACAACUGGUUUCUGUGUUGUAAAGCCAUAUGAGAUCAAAGCAUUUAAGAAGGCAUUUGUGUCUCUGAGGCUGCCUUACACAGUCAAGAAAUAUGAGCAAAUGUCUAUUUCUCCCGUUAUCUACAAUUAUGCAGAUGAAGAAAUCCAGGUGGCAGUGCAUAUGGAACAAACAGAAGGACUUUGCUCUCCAGCUUCAGCCACCACAAGCUCUUUUGUUAACAUCACCGUGGGGAGUCACUCCUCACAGUUUGUCUCCUUCUCUGUCGUCCCUAUGAAAACCGGGUCGUUACCUAUUAAAAUACGUCUUUAUGAUAUUGAAAAAGAGUGGGGAAUCGAUGCAAUAGAAAAAAAAUUAAACGUACUGACUGAAGGAAAGGUCGAGAGAGAGGAGAUAACUAAAGUGAUUAAAUUAGAUGAAGGAUCCUCAAAGACCCUUCCUAUUGAUGGCACCUUACCAGGCGAAAGAGUUCCUGACAGCGGCUACAACAUAUUUGUUUCAGUGGAAGGGGAUGGGUUUGAAAAUUCAUAUGCAAGGAAACUCCUUUCUCCAGAGACAGUUUCUCAGAUGAUUAAAUUACCAAGAGGAUGUUUAGAACAGACAUUGACAAAUCUGACCCCUACAAUUUUUGCACUCCGCUACCUUGACUUGAGUGACCAAUGGUUUGGCCUGCCUCCUGGUAAAAGAGAUGAGGCUCUAUAUAACGUUGAGACAGGUUAUAGGUGGAUUAUAGAAUACCACAGGAACAAACUAAACAGAUUUGAUUCAUCAUAUAAAUCAUUUUCAUCCGUGCCAUACAGUAACUGGGCAACUGCCCUAGUUGUGAAAAUCCUGUCAUUGAUAGCAGAGCGUCAGAAUGCAACUGUUGGACUUCUAGGUCGACCUGCUGACCUCGUACCAGAAGAAGAGAUCUGGCAAUCAGUCAAUUACUUAGUCUCCCAACAACAAGAUGAUGGUUCUUUCCCUGACCCAAAUCCUGUUUUACACAGAAAUAUGCUGGGAGGCGCUGACCCGGACGCUUCCAUGACUGCUUUUAUUACUCUUGCACUGAAUUGGGCCCGUGGCUUCCUGACAUCAGAUAAUCAACCCAAAGUGAGAAAAAGUAUAUUAGAAGCAACAUCGUUUCUCCAGACCAAGUUUUCCGACCUUGAGCAUCCCUAUGCUGUGGCCAUAUCCGCCUAUUGCCUCUCAGUCUGCUUACCGCAGGAUGCAGAUCGGUCAUUUGCAUGGAAGAAACUUCAAUCAAUGGCAACAAAAACAGAGGAUGACUGCUACCUGUGGACAAAUAAUCCUAGCCCGCAGAAUCAAAAGAAAUCAGAUGCCAUAACAAUAGUAACGACAGCAUACGCCCUUCUAACUGCAGUGGCAGUUGAUGAUAUGGAAUGGGCAGCUCAAAUAGCCUGCUGGUUAUCGACCCAAGAAAAUUAUUUUGGUGGCUUUCGAUCAACACAGGAUACUGUUGUGGCUCUCGAAGCUUUGUCAGAAUAUGAACUGAAGAGGCCCAAAAGACCUGACUCAAAGAUAAAGGCACAGUUCACAGUCAAAGGAAGGAAUGAAGUUGUUGAAAUUAAAUUGGAAAGUGGGAAGGAGAAGGUGGAAAUAGACCUAAAGACGGCAAAGGCUUACCACCUGCUGGACCCUGAGUAUACCUGUGAUGGCCUUUCUAUAAGUGUAGCAGUGGAGGGGAAAGUGAAGUACACAGCAAAGAUUUUAGAAAAUUAUGACUAUAACUAUGAUUAUGAUGCCAAUGAUGAGAGGGGGGAGCGAGUGCCAGAUUCUGUCAGUGAGUGGUUUGAUACUGGACGGCGAAACAGAAGAGAUCUGGAAAACAAUGUCAAUUCAGAGAACUUCGUUACAUACACUGUGUGUGUCAGACUUGGCCCAAACAGCAACCUUACAGGAAUGGCCAUUGCUGACAUCACAUUACUGAGUGGCUUUAUGGCAAUUGAGAGAGACCUGGACAGGCUAAUGGAGCCACCUGAACAAUACAUUACCCAUUAUGAGCUCUCCUAUGGAAAAGUACUGAUCUAUUUCAAUCAGCUCUUUGAAAGAGAAGAAUGUUUCAGUUUUGAUGCUGAACAAACAGUUCAAAUUGGGCUUCUGCAGCCCGUUCCAGCUGUGUUUUAUGAUUAUUAUGAACCAAACAGAAAGUGCACUGUGUUCUACGCAGCUCCAAAAAGGAGCAGGAUGGUGUCCAAACUGUGUUCAGGGGACGUGUGUCAGUGCGCAGAAAGACCCUGUCAUAAAUUACAGGACACAUUCAAAAAAUAUAAAGUAGGCACAUCUUCCAAGGCUACCCGGAUGGACCAUGCUUGCUUUUUCCCUACUGUGGAUUACGCGUACAUUGUUACAGUGCACAGUGUAUCUGUGAAGAGCAACUUCGAGCUGUACAAAACAAACGUAACUGAGGUCCUCAAAUUCAAUGGAGAUAUGCAUGUUAGUAAGAAUGCGGUUCGAGUGUUUGCCAAGAGGCUUCACUGCAAGGGGCAGUUGGACCUGGGAAAACAGUAUCUCAUCAUGGGCAAAGAUGGCGCCACAACCGACUUAGAUGGACAGAUGCAGUACCUCUUGGAGUCGAACACCUGGGUCGAACAAAAGCCACUGGCUGAAGAUUGUAAAAAGUCUGCCCACAGACGUGCUUGCACUCAGUUUGAUGAGUUUGUAAAUGAGUACAAGCUGGAUGGCUGCACACAGUAAAACCAACCACAGAUCUAUUAACUUUCACUGCAGCUUGUGGACAGCAUGUUCUUUUGUAACAAAGCCUAGAUGCUGUUUUGUCAUUUUUAACUGUUUGCAAUGUUUUGAGUCUUUAUUAGAAUAAAAGUAAUCCAUCACUGAUAAGUACUGUUGCUGAUACAGCUUGAUUCACCACUUUGUCAUUGUAAGUUACAACUUAAUCUUUCUUUUUAAUACAUGACUGUUUCCAUUAAGAUAAACACUGCUAAAAGUCAUCCAGCAAAUGCCUCUGAAUGUUUAUCAGUACUUGUAAAUGUUGAUGUAAUGGCCAAAAAUUAAACCCAGCUCUGAAAUAGAUUUUUGAAAAGUCAUCUCAAAAAUAUACUUUGUUCUUUCAUGUUUUUCCCAGCAGUGUGAUUCAGUUUGAUUUAGCUUUCC